CUUUAGCAAUAACUGAACUGCAAGAAAUGGAUAUGUUCAUGAAAUUUGUUUCUUAAAAUUGAUCAGUAAUUACACAUUAGAUUUUUAAAAAGAGUUAUAGUCAUGCGCAUAAAAUUCACAGUUGUGUUAGUUUGGGAAAAAAGUAUGGAAUGGAACGUAUUCGGUUCCGCAUUUACUUCUUUUGUUCAUUAGAUGAUUUCCUAAAUCUCCUCUGUUACAGACAGAGAUAGAGCAUACGAAUUUUGCGUUCUAAUUCCCCACAAUAUUCACACACAGUCUUAGAGCCCAUUCCAUCCACAUGUUUUUACUAUAUUUUGUAUAUAUCUCUAACAAAACUGACUGGGGAAAAAAGGUCACCUUCAAAGAAAGGCAAGGAAAUUUUGCGUGUACAAGUAUAUAUCCAUUAAGUCACCACUGCCGCAAAAGUGCAGACCGAACUGUGAAUUUGUUGAGUCGCUAGCAUUUAUUGUGUGUUAUUUUAUUGAACUGAUUAGAUAAAUAUAAGUUCAAUAUAUAAGCAGAAUUGAAACAUAUUCGCAAUCAGUUGACUUAGACCAUUUGAAUUAGACAGAACUUUAGCUAAGGAUAUAAAAAUUGUGCGAGUAUCGAUAAAAAUAGAUUUUCACAUUUUCCAAUUGACCUUGCCGGUUCUCACAAAGUCGUACAGUCAAAAAAGUAUCGACGUCAACACAGUGAAAGUUCAAAGAUAUCUCGCAAAUAAGAAGCAAUUGAUGUAAAAAACAGCAUAGGAGUGAUAAUGAGCAAUUACAGGCACUAAUAAAAUUAUCAUUUUUCAUUUAAACAGACGAUAUUGAAAUAAAAAUGGCUAAUGUCCAUGAAGAAUUGUUCCACGAAGUCACUGACGACAGUGAGCCAAAAACUCACCAUAAAGUUACAAUCGUUGGAAUCGGAGCUGUUGGCAUGGCUGCUGCAUUCAGUAUUUUAACUCAGCAUGUAUCUAGCGAUGUCGCUCUUAUUGAUUGCUUUGCAGAUAAGUUGAAGGGUGAAAUGAUGGAUUUGCAGCAUGGAUCUAACUUUUUGAGAAACGCAAAAAUCUCCGCAAGCACUGAUUUGUCCGUAUCAGCUGGAUCACAAUUGAUUAUCGUAACAGCUGGUGUACGUCAGAAGGAAGGAGAAUCACGUUUAAAUUUAGUCCAACGUAAUGUUGACAUUUUCAAGGGAAUGAUCCCAAAACUUGUUGAAUACAGUCCCGAUACAACAUUGUUGAUUGUCUCAAAUCCUUGCGAUAUCUUGACCUACGUGGCAUGGAAAUUGUCUGGCUUGCCAAAAAAUAAGGUCAUUGGCUCUGGAACAAAUUUAGAUUCGUCACGAUUCCGUUUCAAUUUAGCUCAACGUUUGAAAGUCGCUCCAACAUCUAUGCACGGAUGGAUCAUCGGUGAACAUGGUGACUCUAGUGUUCCAGUCUGGUCUGGUGUCAAUAUUGCUGGCAUUCGUCUUCGUGAAAUCAAUCCAAAUGCUGGAUUUGAUGAAGCAGAUCAAGAGAAUUGGAAUCAGUGCCAUAAAGAUGUAGUUAGUGCUGCGUAUGAGGUUAUUAAAUUAAAGGGAUAUACAUCAUGGGCUAUUGGUCUUAGUUGUGCUGAUAUUGCAUCAUCACUCCUUCGUAAUACAAAUUCAGUUAAGGCUGUCUCAACAUUGGUUAAGGGUAUUCAUGGAAUUGACAAGGAUGUCUUCUUAUCAUUGCCAUGUGUCUUGAACUCGCACGGUGUUGUUUCUAUUGUUAAGCAGAAGUUGAGCGACGAUGAAGUUGCCAAGUUGCAAGCAUCAGCAAACUUGAUGGAUGAAGUUCAACGUGGAAUUAUCUUCUAAAUUAACUAAGCAAAUCUUCGAGUACUUUAAAAAUGUGAUGACAAGAUGAAGCUAUACAUUAUUAAGCGCACGAAAAUAAUUUAUUGCACUGCACCCCAAACAUGAAUGUUUGCAUUUACAUGUAAAUUCAUCAUUUAAGUACAUACAGGAUGGUCCAAUAAGGAACUUUAUAUUAUUUCUAAAACUAGUUUGUGGAAGACAGAAGUGAAUUUGAGAAUCUUUUAAUUUAUUUAUUAACAAAAAAAAGCUAGACCUUUUCAAAAUUAUCUCUUGCUUUAAGUUUAAGUAGUUAAUGAUAUCUGAUUAAAUGAAAAAAUGACAAAAAAAAGAUGAAUAAAUGUUUUAAACAAAAUUUUAAUGAAGAAUGUCCUUUGGUUUUGCAUUGACUACCUCAAAACUAUUUGCUGAAAAUUGGCAAUCAAACUUAAGAAAUACUCAAAACUGAAUAAAAAGUAAUAUUGUUGAGACGAUUAACUGUCUAUAAAA